GAAUACAUCACGGUGCGUUUCUUUAUAAACGAGGGAGCAUUCUCUUAGCUCAAAGCUGAACGAUACAAAACGCGCAACUUCUCUCACCGCUUUCAUUCUGAAGGAGUGUAAUUCGUUAUCUUCAAAAUCAUGUCUGGCGAAGAGGAAGAAAACGCCGCUGAGCUCAAAAUCGGAGACGAGUUUUUGAAAGCAAAGUGCUUGAUGAACUGUGAAGUUUCAUUAAUUCUGGAGCACAAAUAUGAGCAGCUUCAACAGUCGUCGGAUGAUGCUGUGAAUCAAGUUUCUCAGGUAUUUGAAAAGUCAUUGCAGUAUGUGAAGCGUUUUAGCCGCUAUAAAAAUCCUGAUGCUGUUAGACAAGUUCGAGAAAUUCUUGCAAGAUAUCAGUUAGCUGAGUUUGAGCUGUGCGUCCUAGGAAAUCUUUGCCCAGAAACUGUGGAAGAAGCUAUUGCUAUGGUUCCAUCUAUCAAGACAAGAGGACGGGCUCAGGAUGAUGAAGCAAUUGAGAAGAUGUUAAAUGAUUUAUCACUGAUUAAGAAAUUUGAAUAGUAGCUUUGUCCAAUUCUCGAAAAACAUGGUUAUUCUGGCUAUGUAAUGUGAGUGGGUACCAUAUAACAUGUCACUCGACUGCAAGCAAUUGUGUUUUAUGGUUAUUACAGAACUCAUCACAGUAAUAUAGCUACUUUACUUUGACUUUUAUCAAGGAGGAUUUGAAGAAAUCCGUGAUGAUGCACGAGAUUGUCUGUGACAUGUUAUACCGAUGAAAAAACACGAUUAUUGUCUUGCUGUGUAUUCUUCUAUUCUUCUAUGUAUGUGAAAAUUAUACUUUUGCUGGCAUA